UCCCAGUCCAAAUGUAAGCCAGCCGUUGGAGAUCCGGGCGGCGAACCGAGCGACAAAGCUACACUCCCAGAUCGUGGAUUGAGUUGGGACGGAGUAUUUAAUCCACAGUCACCCGGAAUUGACAGUUCACUUGUGGGGAGAUCUUGACAUAUUUGACCCCUUCGACCUUAACAUGCAUUCCGCGUCCUUUCUCUCAGUGCUGGCCAUCGCGACCGGGGCGAUUGCAGCGUCGGUGCAGACAGUGCCUGACGAGCUUGCCACCAUUGGAGACCCGUCGGAGAUCCUGAAUGUCUCCUAUGCUGUUGGCUCGAGCAGCAUCGAGGUGACCCCGGGCGUGCAUUUGAACUCAUCUGGUAAAGCAGUCCUUCGGCUUGCAUCAUGGACCAUGAAUUGACGAAACCAUCUAGUCACCCACAAUGCACCCACCGUGCAUUUGAAUGAGACCUCUCUCAGCGGCAGCGGGCCCUACCUCUUCAUGAUGGUCGACCCGGACAUCAACACGACCAACCCAUUGUACGUGGGGAUGCACACGAUGGUGGUCAACCUGACGACCAGCGGCAACACCUCUGCGGAGGAUGCGGUCUGCUCCUACUUUUACCCCGAGCCCACCGCGGGGGCGGCGCACAACUACACCUUCUUCCUGUUCAAGCAACCCGCCAAUUUCACCAUCCCCAAGCAGUAUGCACCCUACCUGGCCACCACCUCGAAGACGCCGUACAACCGGAUCAACUUCCCCUUGGUCGAAUUCGUGAAGAAGACCGCUCUAGGAGAGCCGGUUGCGGCCAACUACUUCAAGGAGGCGGCUGAGAGCAACGCGACGGCGACCAGCUCUGGCUCCAGCAAUGCCAGCACAGCGACCAGCACGGCCACGGGAAGCGCCGCUACAAGCACCCACGAGGGGGCGGCUGCGACAGUGGGUCAGAGUGGUUCUUAUCUGAUGAGCGUGUUGGCGGUGGUGGGUGCGCUGGUGGCCGCCGUAUAGGAGUCAGUAUGCGUAGAGAGUGGGGGGGGGAAGACAGUCCGAUUGUACCAUUAUUCUUAAGGAGAUUAGAGACAGGGAGGAAUUGCAACGUCGGUCAUUUGACUCGAGCAAAUCAAGUGUUAUAACUGAGAAGACUAACUAAGUUAAAGGAGGUGUGAGUGGAGAGGCCAGUCGCCCUGAGCGACGGACGGGGUUUGUCUGGUGUUGGGGCUAAUGCAAACUAACUUAGCCCUGGUUCGUCCUCUUACAA